CGGUUAUUGUUGGAGACAAACACAACCCACCUUUCACUCAAAACCUGGAAUGGAAAACUGGAUGAAAGUUUCAAAAUAUGGCAGGAGCAAAGUCUGAAUAUUUGUUUGAAUUUCUUUGGAAAAUGGUUACAUAAAGGUUUCCAAGAUUUGAGGCAAGACAUAGCUCAGCUAGUCAGGAUUUCUGGAAAAAUAAUCAAGAGGGACUGGGAAAGCAAAUCGUUACAAUAUGUUUAUGGAAUUCUGGGGGCGGUGAGGCAGACUUUCUAAACAGUGUGGAUCUGCAUUGCAAGAUAGAGUUGCUUCAUUGCUGUGCAAGAAGCUCCUGGAUGGAUAACAUCUGGUUGCAACUGGACAAAUAAUAAGCCUGUUUCUACACAGUAAAAAAUUUGAGCUGGAUCACCUUAAAAAUCCCUGCGAUUGACCGGCGACCAGUCCAGGGUGAACCCCGCCUCUCGCCCGUAGUCAGCUGGGAUAGGCUCCAGCUCCCUGACCUGACGGUGUCUCUUUGACUCCAACUAUGACCUUUUUAACCCCACCCCCUCUCCACCUGAGUCUCCUCCUCCUCUUUCUGUCCUCCCACUCCCCUGUUCUCUCCUGUAGGAAUGGGACUCGUGCAGAAUGUGAGUCUGCUCCCUUUGUGCCAGGCCACAACCUGGUGGGGGAGGGCUUUGAUGUGGUCACCCUGCAGCGUACAGGAGCCUACAUGGUUGAUGUGAAGACUUUCCUCAACUCGACUGGCAACUGUACUCUCUGCUCCAACCGUCUUCAGGGCAAUAAGCUGCAGAAACUGCCGCUCGCUGCAAAGGACUGGCGUGCAUUCAGCCAUUGUAUUUCUGGCGUUUCCAGCAGCACUCACACAUCUGCCAGCUCACUGAUUGACUCUUACGCCUCAGAGGACAUGAAAGAGUGGACGGCUAAAUUAAAUAUCGAAAAGUAUGUGUCAGCCAACCUGGAGGUCAGAGGAACACACUCCAAUGUAUACAAGUUUGCUACAGCAAGGACCAGAGAGGAUCGCUACUCCUUCAUCACCCACAGGAUCACCUGUACCCAUUAUCAUUACCGUGUGUCAAGCAGACCGCCACUCAGCUCUGAGUUCAGUCAGGAUUUAGCCAAUCUGCCAAGUCACUAUGACGACUCCACCAAGGAUCAGUACAAAAACCUCGUGCUGACCUACGGCACACACUACAUCCGACAGGUUUGUCUCGGUGGACGAUUGAGGCGAGUCUCAGCUGCACGAACGUGUUUGUCCACACUGAAUGGGUUCUCCGAAAGCAAGGUCCACUCCUGCUUAUCAGAGGGUAUCAACAUAGGCCUGGGGGUGGGCGUAUCGGGUUCUCAACAGUCCUGUGACACAGUCCUACAGAACAGGGACCUCUCCAACUCAUUCAAUGCUAGUGUCCACCAACACUACACAGAUCUGGUAGGAGGCAUCGGUUGGUCUGGGGAGUUUUCACUCAAUCACAGUAACUCCCAGGGCUACAAGAACUGGCUGGACACCCUUAAAGACCACCCAGAUAUUGUUUCAUACUCUCUCAGGCCAAUGUGGGAGCUGGCACCCAAUGAAACCCAGAAGGCAGGGAUUCAGGCUGCCAUAGAGCAGUACUUAGCAGACAACAGUGUAACAAAGUCAACCAAUAAAACAAAGUGUGAUUGGUACAGUCCGAGCCUGAGGUCCAACUGCUGUCCUCUACGUACCUCAAGGGGAAGGCUAGUGGUGACUAUAGUCCAAGCCUGGAAUCUAGAUGGAGAUUAUCGUCUCUUUAGUCCAACUGAUAGCUAUGCUAAGAUGUGGUACGGCGGUUCCAACUAUAAAAUGACUCGUAUGAUUAGUUCGGAUAAUCCGUGGUGGAACGCUGCUUAUGAUCUGGAUGAGGUGGACGCACACUUGGGAUUGAAGAUUGAGGUCUGGGACGCGGAUUGGAUUUAUGAUGACCUUCUGGGAUCAUGUACGAGGUACCUGAGACAGGGGACACACUCAUUCACCUGUCCAGCCGAGACAGGUGGUUUUGAGGUCAAGUAUACUCUGACCUGUGAUCCGUAUCUGACUGGAGACAAGUGUGACCAUUACAAACCAACUCCACAGUGAGAAAUGCAUUUUGUGGCCACACUAUUCAUGAAUGCUUUUCUUUAAAAGUCCAACUGAAAUCACCUGUAGUCAUCCAUUUCUUGUAUUCAAAAAUCAUGCGGUGCAGGGUGGUGGUAUUUAAUGGAUUGUUAGUAGUUUUUGACAGCAGUCAGCAGGUGUGCAGAGUGUUACACCAGAGGCAACACGAAGUGUAACAAAUUUAUGUAACUGUAAUAAAUAAAUACAUGUUGUUUAACGAGGUGCAGCUAAUUAUCAGCUGCAACCACAAACUGCUUGUUCAACAAGCUAAGCUGCAAGACAAGACCUGUGUUCAUGUUUGUCAGUUAUAUAAGGAGAACUGAGCAAAAACUGUCUCUCUGUUGAUGAUAACUCUGAUGCAAUAAAGAUCCACAGAGCAUCUGAAAA